AUGAUUGGUAGUGAUCUCUAUCAUAUCGUUAUUGACUUUACAAAUACAAACUUUGAUUAUAGAUUUUCAAAUAUUGAAAUUAUUGAAAUUGAUAUAAAUCUUGAUCAAACAUCAAUGAGUUCUGAAUCUAAAUUUUCAACAAGAACCAUAGAACCUAUUAAGGCUAAAUUAAUAGGUGAUGGAGUAAUACGACUAUUUAGAGAGUUUUAUGAUGAUGACAAAGAAGAAGAAUUCCAAAAAUCAACGCAGGGUGAUGAUACAAUGUUGGCAAUUUUAGCUAUUCCUACAUAUUUUACAGCUACUGAUCUUUUAGGAUUUAUUGGAGAAUCAUUUAUAAGUUUUAUAUCACAUAUAAGAAUUUUAAAAAGUGAUAAACAAAAUAGAUUUAUGGUUUUAAUAAAAUUUAGAGAUGUUUUAAAAGCAGCUCAAUUUAAAAAUCAAUUUGAUGGGAAAUCUUUUAAUUCAAUGGAACCUGAAUCUUGUCAUGUAGUCUAUGUUAGAUCAGUUCAAUUAAAUUAUCCAACUGAAGGAGAAGAUGAAUUAAAAAGUUUAAUUCCCUUUUUAUUACAAGAUCCAUUCACUUCAAAUGUCGUAGCUGACAAUUUAAAAAAUGAAGCAUUGAUAGAAUUACCAACGUGUCCAGUUUGUCUUGAAAAAAUGGAUUCAAGUAUGACAGGAUUAUUGACUAUUCCUUGUCAACAUACUUUUCAUUGUCAAUGUUUAUCAAAAUGGAAAGAUGAUUCAUGUCCAAUUUGUCGUUAUUCACAUAAAUUAACAAAUUUAUCAAUUAUAAAAAAUCAAAGUAAUAGAUUUUUAAAUAGAAGAGAAUCUAUAAAUUCAAGUUUCGAGGGUAUUGAACAUAAUAAUAAUACGAUAAAUGAAGAAGAAAAUGAAAAUUGUUCGGAAUGUUCAGAAAAUACAAAUCUAUGGAUCUGUCUUAUCUGCGGGAAUGUAGGUUGCAGCAGGUAUGCGCCGCAGCAACAUUCAUUAAAACAUUUUGUUAAUACAGGACAUUGCUUUGCAAUGGAAAUAUCAACAAGUAGAGUGUGGGAUUAUGCAGGAGAUAAUUAUGUUCAUAGAUUAGUUACAAAUGAAUCUGAUGGAAAAUUAGUUGAAUUACCAGAUAAUGAAAAAUCAAGUAAAUAUUCUAAAUUUCUUAAUGAAGAUAUUGAUAAAGUUGAUGCAGUUGGAUUUGAAUAUUCUCAAUUAUUGAUUAGUCAAUUAGCUAGUCAAAGAGAAUAUUAUGAAGAAAUUAUAAAUAAUAAUUAUAAUAUUGAUGGAUUCAACUAUUUUGAAUCGAAUAAUAAUAAUAAUAAAUCGGAUAUAAAUAAAAAUAAUAUUUUAAAUCAAAAUAAUGCAAAAUUUACAAAUUUAGAAUCGAGAGUUGAAGAUUUGACAAAUAAAUUAUCAGAUCUAACAACGAGUUUAAUACCUUCAUUGAAAUCUAAGAUUCAAAGUAAAGAAGAAAAACUUCAUAAAAUAAGUAUUGAAUUAAAUACACAAAAUUUAUUGAAUGAAGCAUUUUCUAAGAAGAUUGAGCAUUUGAAUUUGACUAUCGAUGAACAAAGGAAACAAAUUGAAGAAUUGAAAAUUGAAAAUGAAGGAUUAAAAGAAACAAAUAAUGAUUUAAUGUUUUAUUUAGAUAGUAGUCAAAAAUUUGAAAAUCAACCAGAUGAUGUUAAACAAGGUACUGUAGUAAUCCAGCAACCACCAUCAUCAACUAGUUCAUCAAAAAAGAAGAAGAAAAAAAAAUCAACAGCAACCAAUAGUUAA